UAGGGGGCAGGAAGCGCACCCGAGCGGGUCUAGGAAUCGGAACCCGCGCUCCCCGGAGGAGUGGCGCUAGAGCCUCCCGCCCGGCCCAGGGAAAACCCCUUUCCCGGAGGAAGCGUGCAUGCCGGCUCUGACGGCACCACCGGGAUCUCGGCGGCCUGAUCAAGCCCCGCGGCCCCUUUUCGCCGCUUCCGGGACCCGCUCCUCAGCGAGCGCCGAGCGCUUCCGCAUCUCUGUGGUACCGACUUCCGCGGAGAGCCAAACCUCGCGAGACCUCGGCGGCGCCGCAAUGGCGAGACCAUGCCGCGUCACUGCUCCGCCGCCGGCUGCUGCACACGGGACACGCGCGAGACGCGCAAUCGCGGCAUCUCUUUCCACAGGCUUCCCAAGAAAGACAACCCAAGGCGAGGUUUGUGGCUGGCCAACUGCCAGCGACUGGACCCCAGCGGGCAGGGCCUGUGGGACCCAGCGUCCGAGUACAUCUACUUCUGCUCCAAGCACUUUGAGGAGAACUGCUUUGAAUUGGUGGGAAUAAGUGGGUAUCACAGGCUGAAGGAAGGAGCGGUUCCCACCAUAUUUGAGUCUUUCUCAAAGUUGCGCCGGACCAAGACCAAGGGGCACGGUUACCCGCCCGGCCCCCCAGACGUCAGCCGGCUCCGGCGAUGCAGGAAGCGCUGCCCUGAGGGCCGCGGGCCCACCACUCCCUUUUCCCCGCCUCCACCUGCCAACGCUGUCUGCUUUCCCGUGGAAGAGGCCUCGGCACCUGCUGCUUUGCCUGCCUCCCCAGCCGGGAGGCUGGAGCCUGGCCUCAGCAGCCCCUUCUCCGACCUUCUGGGGCCCCUGGGCGCCCAGGCAGAUGAAGCGGGCUGCAGCGCCCAGCCCUCCCCGGAGCACCAGCCGUCCCCCCUGGGGCCGCGGCCCGUCUCGCCCUCUGCCUACAUGCUGCGCCUCCCGCCACCUGCCGGCGCCUACAUCCAGAGCGAGCAUAGCUACCAGGUGGGCAGCGCCCUGCUCUGGAAGCGGCGGGCCGAGGCCGCGCUCGACGCCCUGGACAAGGCCCAGCGCCAGCUGCAGGCGUGCAAGCGGCGGGAGCAGAGGCUGCGGCUGCGGCUGACCAAGCUGCAGCAGGAGCGGGCGCGGGAGAAGCGGGCCCAGGCCGACGCCCGGCAGACCCUGAAGGAGCACGUGCAGGACUUCGCCAUGCAGCUGAGCAGCAGCAUGGCCUGAGGGGGCCAUCCGGCAGCGCUUGGCCUGAGGAUGCACCUGGAGAGGGAGCUGCCCUGAGCUGUGUCCACAAGAAUAAAGGGGAUCCCAGAAAGAAGCCCUGCUCUCUGGCUCAGCUGAGGGCUGGGGCCCGGCCCCCUGGGUACCACAUCCAUCUCCCCCACCGACUGGUUAUAGCCCCCAGAGGGCUCGGCCCUGCAGUCACGGUGAUUCCCAAGGCCCGAGGCCGGCCGAGGGCCACCUCACUUGGGCCAUUGCCGAACUUGCUGUGCCUCCAGGUGAGCACCCCUCGCCUAAGGCCAUCCACCCGCGAACGACAGGUGGGGCUCAUCAGUCAGGCCGGAAGAGAGGCAGGCCCUGUGUUUACCCCGGGGGCACAACCCAAGGCAGGAGAAACGUGCUUUAAGGCUCAGAAGAGAGAGACUGUUUCUCCCCCCAUGUGGCUUCCCGGCAGCCUGGGCACAGGAGCUGUUCCCAGAAGGGAGGCAGAAUGGUGCCUUACCCACUGUGAUGGACGCAGGACAGAAAACGGCGCGGCCUGGCCCCACCCAGGCAUGAGCCUCCAGGCAGCCUAGGAGUAAGGCAGCCAGCAAGGGGCUAGAAGGGGGAGGCCAGAGGCCAGCCUUCAUUCCUCCCUGCAGGGUGGGGAGCGGCUGGAGUGAACAGAGAGCCACAGGAGGCUGGCGUAUUCUGAGCCCUCAGGCCGCCUGGCCUGGCCUCGCCUCAGGAGGACUAGGGCUGGAGCCGCAGCGGGGACUGCGCGGCGAGCUGUGGGUGCAGGUAGCACUGCUGUUGCUUUAAUGGAGGCAAGCCUAUUGACAAUAAAUAGUUGGUGGUAACAGG